AUCAACAUCAUACUAUAACUGAGUCCCCUCCAAUUUACAACCCUCCCUCUUUCCAAACCCUACAACAUACUUUUCUUCAAUGAAAAUUUAAGUUAAGUAUUUUAUAAUGAGGAUAUAUCGUAGCUUAUUAUAUCCUUUAUUUAUAUAGUCGAAUUAUUAAAAUUUAGUACGUACAUAUAUCUUGACCCUUGUGUUUUUAUUCAUUUUCUCUUUUUUGGGACACAGCUUCCAAAGUUCUGUCCAUUUAUAUAUACUUCUUGCUUUCAUUUUAUAGAGCACACUGUCUGCAAGAAUACAUCUUCCUUGUUCACGCCCAAUUUCAAAUAGAAUGGCGGCGCUAAGAAGCUUGCGGAGUCUAGCUAUUCAUUUAAGUAUAGUGGCAUUAGUCAUCUUACUAGUGAAGCCAUAUGAAUCAUCAUUCGGCUCUACCAGGAGAUCAGUUAAUUCCCGCUUCAAAACCGAUUAUAAUGGCGCUGACAAUGGCAUGUGUGCCUCUGCCGUCACUGUUCAUGGUUAUAAAUGCCAGGAAUUUGAGGUAACAACUGAUGACGGGUACAUACUUAGCGUGCAAAGAAUACCGGAAGGGCGUGUGGGAGGAGGUGAUGGGCGGAACAGGCAGCCAGUGCUGUUGCAGCAUGGCGUUCUAGUGGACGGAGUAACGUGGCUGCAGAAUUCACCAGCGCAAUCACCGGCGAUGAUCUUGGCAGAUAAUGGCUUUGAUGUUUGGAUUUCCAACAUCAGGGGAACCAGAUACAGCCGUCGCCAUGUUUCUCUUGACCCUAACAGCGCGGACUACUGGAAUUGGACAUGGGAUGAUCUUGUCGUGCACGACUUACCUGCUCUCAUUGACCUUGUCUUUAAACAAACUGGGCAGAAAAUUCACUAUAUAGGCCAUUCAAUGGGCACUUUGAUAGCUUUGGCGUCCUUUUCCGAAGGGAAACAAAUAGACAAGAUAAAAUCAGCGGCCUUGCUCAGCCCGGUUGCUUAUUUGAGCCAUAUGACCACUGCACUAGGUGUUGUUGCUGCUAGAGCCUUUGUUAGCGAGAUCACAACAAUAAUUGGUCUUGCAGAAUUCAAUCCAAGGGGUGAGCCUGUAUCUGAUUUCCUCAAGGCAUUAUGUGCUCAAGCUGGGGUGGACUGUUAUGACUUGAUAACUGCACUUACUGGAAAGAAUUGCUGUCUAAAUGCCUCCACGGCCGAUCAUUUCUUGAAGAACGAGCCCCAGUCUACAUCAACGAAGAACCUCGUUCAUUUGUCUCAGACUGUUAGAGAUGGUGUCUUGUCGAAAUAUGACUAUGGGAGCAAUGACUUCAAUCAGGCGCACUAUGGUGAAACCAAACCUCCAAGGUACAAUUUAACCAACAUCCCUCAUGAUCUGUCCUUGUUUCUCAGCUAUGGAGGCCAAGAUGCACUGUCUGAUGUCCAAGAUGUUGAGACAUUGCUCGAUUGUCUCAAAUACCACGACGUAGACAAGCUACACGUUCAAUAUAUCAAGGAUUACGCUCAUGCAGACUUCAUCAUCGGUAUCACUGCUAAGGAUAUAGUCUAUAACCAGAUUAUUUCUUUCUUCAGAAACCAAGGAUAAAACUUGCAUAAGAGUGCAUCUGUUUGUAUGAAAAUAAUCACAAAAAAUGGGAAUGUAAAUCAUGGAGUGGGGAUAGUGUUUUUGUUUUUUUUAAAUGGGGAAAUUUCUUUAGUACCA